UGCAUGCUUUUACCUUCUACUGUGAACUUUAAAUUACUAGUAAUGAACUAACUGUAUUGUGUUGAUGUAAUCAAGUGUCAGAUUCAACUAUUUAAGUGGUGUCAUUUCUCAGAGACGUAUACUACCUUACUAAACAUUCCAGUGACUCUCAUAUUAAUGUUAUCAUUUUUUAGAUAUUUUUUCAUAGUAAUUGCAAAGGCAAAAAUGUCUAAAAAGCGACAAGUCAAAUCUCGAAGGCCAAAAUUGGAUGAAACGAGUGUUACUGUGCAGGUGAAGGAAGAUAAAAAUAUUAAAAAUAAUGAAGAAAUAUCUGAAGAUCAGAAACUACAAAAAGAAUUAAAUUGGUGUAUUGAUCAGCUGAGAGUUGGCCUGAUGUCACAGAAAUCAUCUCAAAAACAAACGCAAGAAGUCGUUCGAAUCAUAAAAACCCUAUCUUCAUCUACUGCACCGCUCGUGAAAAAAAGACAAAUUAUGAGACAAUAUUUUGGAGAUUACAGAAAAAAGAUUGCAGAUGAAGAGGCCAGGUGGUACAAAGACUCUCAGAAAAUCAUGAAAAAUUCUACCAUCACUUCACAUUCUGCUGACCCAGGAGAGAAAAGUAUUUAUAUACGUUCUUCUCGUCAAAAUUCAAAGAAUACUCUUUCUGAUGUUUUCAAAAAAUUUACAAUUGAGACACAAGAGGAGAAAACAGAAGGAUUUCGAUUCAACUUUGAUCUACCUAAAGAUUGAAUGGGGCUCAUAGCUCUCAUAUCAAUAAUUGUUUAUUAGUUAGAAGAUCGUCUUGAUGGCUCAGGUGUGACUUCAAAUGAAAGGUGGAAUCUGGCAUAAUGGGAAUGAAGAACUUCAUUUCAAUAUGACUUACCGGUACUUUUUGGUUUUGGACAGUGCAUGCAGCAAAUGUUUUACCAGCAAAUACUGAAUGAUCUGGUGUUACUGCGUGGUUCUCUUACUACAUUUUAACAUUUUUUUUGGAUUCUUACUAUAAAAUACAUCUUGCUUGGCACUGUUUCCGUCUGUGCAUAUAUGUUCA